GGCGACCGUUGAGAUUCUGCAAGAAGGCGAUGUUGUGCCAUCCUCUUGUCCUCAUCCAGUUACUCUGGCUCGGCUUGUUUGUUGUCUGGGGUAACGCUGUUGCUGGGGACGAUGUCAGAACACGUUCAGCUCUCAAUAGCCCUGUGUAGGAUUGGCCUUUACACGUGUCUCCAGAAGUUGUGCUGUAUGACCCCCCCUCCUCCUAGACCAGAGUAUGAUCUCGUGUGCAUUGGACUGAGUGGAGCCGGCAAGACCAGUCUGUUAUCUCGCUUGUGCAAUGAGAUCAGUGAUGGCACAGUACCAACCGCAGGUUUCAGCAUCAAGGCAGUGCCAUUCGAAAAUGCAAUACUGAAUGUGAAGGAACUAGGAGGAGCUGAGACCAUCAAGAAAUACUGGAGCCGAUAUUAUCAAGGUUCCCAAGGUGUGGUGUUUGUCCUCAACAGUGCUGCGUCAGAUGAAGAGAUGGAGGCAUCCAGGUCUGAGCUCCAUUUGGCCAUGCAGCAUCCUCAGCUGUGCACCCUUCCAUUCCUCAUUCUCGCCAACCACCAGGAUUCACCAACUGCCCGCUCUGUAUCGGAGAUACAGAAGUACUUUGAAUUGCAGCCACUGGCCCGAGGAAAGCGAUGGAUUCUUGCAGGCAGCACAACGAACAACAUGGAGGCUAUGAAGGAGAGUUUUAGUCAACUCAUCAGCCUUUUGGAAGAGAAGGAGGUGCUACCAAGCAGGAUAUGAUUCAAUCAAACUUCAAAGUGAAGAGUGGGUUUGAAGUGUUGUUUGCUAAAAGGAAUUUUUUGGACUUGUCCGUCAUUGUUUUAUAACCCACUAGAGACAUAGAUGCAAAUAGCCACAUGUUUUGACGAGCUGAGAGCUGAGGGCUCAGGGCCACACAUAUGCUGAUUUAGUAGCAGGUGAGCCAAAGUCCUUUAAAGAGAUCAGAUUUUUCCCCCUUAUUCGUAAACGUAAUAAGCUAUUUGAUUAGCUAGUGUCCAUUGCACUCAUCAUUCCUUCUUCCAUGUAGAGAAUGUUAGAAUGUUGUCCUAACAUUUUGUUGUUUGAAAAGACGACACACCCAUUUACUUGGCACUGCUGGCCACGCUGUUUUCAGCUUUGAGCUGGAAUACAAACUCUAUCAAUCAGUGUCCGCAACAGCUGCAUUUGACAAGUCCCUGUCCGCCAGGCUUAAGCCCUCCAACUGUCUGCGGAGACUCCUCCCCGUCUACCACCUCACUCCUCGCCCAGCCACGCUCUGCGGCCUAACCCGCUGCUUCCUGCUGGUGUUAUCCAAAUUCCUCUCCACAAAUUUAGAUUCCUGACUGCGCACCUCUCUGAUGUUAUUUUGUCUCACAGGAGUCUCAGAGUAGUUUACAGGAGUAGUUUCUGUAUAUUUAUAGUGUUAACUAGGUUGCAUUUGUUUGCCCGCAUAUUGCCACUUGUCUUAUUUUUUUAAACAAAAAACAACAUAUUUGUACUGCCUUUAAUUUAAUGUGUGGCCAUGUACCAGUUAGAUGUGUCAUGUGAUCUUUUGUAUACAGUACCCUCAUCCUACAAUCCUCAGGGUAACAAUUUACUGCAGUACAUGCAGUAUGCAUUUACUAUAAGGUUUAAUUCAUUAACAUUAGUUAAUGCAUUAGGUAUCAUG